CAUUGAUUAAGAAUGAUGAUAGAACCGCAACAAAUAAACAAAAAUAUUCAAUUAAAUUUGAUCAAUUGUUUGAAUAUUGCUAAGUAAAUUAUAUUUAGUUUCAGGUCUAAAAAUAAAUUAUGGACAAAUCUUCUGAUCGUGUUGUCCGAAAAGAAACUGAAAAUGAAGUAACUAGUGAAUGCCGUUUAUGCUUAGACUCUAAAAAUGUAACAAUAAAUAUUAGUCAACCAACAGAUAAGUUUCCAUCAGUAGCCGAUAAAAUUAAUUAUUGUACAUCUCUAGUCAUUAAAAUCGGAGAUAAACAUCCUCAAAAAAUCUGUACUAAUUGUGCUGGAAACUUAGAAAUUGUAUAUGCAUUUAAAAGUAAAGCCAUUUCUAGUGAUUUAGAAUUGACUAAUAGGUCACGUAGUACAUUUACAUAUGUUCAAGUAUCAGAUGACCCUAAAAAUAUGACAUUCAAAUUAAAGUUUGAUGAUUCGGAUGAAUCAGUGGACUUAGAAAGCAGUUGCGUAUACAAUAUUGUAGAUGGAGAUGAACUCAUUGUUGAACCAGUGAAUAUUAUGAGUGAAAAAAAUACCACUGAUUUUAAUGAAUUUAUUGAUAAAAAUAUUUCAAAAAAUAAAACUAUUUAUAGGUUUAAAGAGUCUCCUAAAAUAUCUAAAUCUAAUAAUGGAGUUAUUCUCUCUAAUAAAAAAUCUGAUGUAAUCAAAUCAUCAAUGGAAAUUAAACGAAAUUUUAAAAAAAUAUCUGAGAACAAUGAUGAAAUUUUUUCAUUCAAAAAACAAAAAUUAGAUUCUGAUGAUAUAAAACCUGUAUUGGUUGUAAAAAAUGGUAAAGUUAUAUAUUAUUGUAAUGUGUGUAAUUUUGAAGCUGACACUAUGACUACACUUUUAACGCAUCGAACAUUUGAACAUAAAGAAAGUGGCCAAUUCAAAUGUACUGAAUGUCCUACAACAUACAAAACAUUACAUUUAUUAAAACGACAUUUUAAAUCACACAAUGAUAUAUUUCACAAGUGUAAGCUUUGUGAUAAACAAUUUUCUCAAAAACAAGCCCUGGAACGUCAUAUCAAUACUUAUCAUAACACUGCAUCGCCAUUAGAAUUUCAGUGUGUUAAAUGUAAUGCCUAUUUUGAUUCAAUGGAUGAGAUGGAAGAUCAUUUAGUCAUUCAUUAUACAAAUCCGUCUAAUGGUUUUAGUUGCAACAAUUGUGAUAGAACUUUUACUACAUUUGUAGCCUUAAAUAAACACAUUGAUCUAGAACAUACAGUGCAAAUAGAAUGUAAUAUUUGUCAUGUGGUAUUACCUUCUAAAGAAGCAAUGGAAAAACAUAAUAACUCAGUACACAGAAAAAAUAAAAGUAAUAAUCAAAAGUAUGAAUGCACCAACUGUAAAAAAUGUUUCAAUAGUCUCAAAGAUAUUUUAAAUCACCGAAAAACUCAUCUGACUGAUCAAUCAUAACAUUAUGUUUUCCUUCUUAGUGUACUGUAUUUCUCUAUUAAACUUAUACGACUAAAUGAUUUUAGUUUUAUUAGAUUUAUAACUAAAAUAUAAUAUUGUAUAAAGAAAAGCAAUUGUAAUAAACCAUGACUUGAGAAUUAUUGUUUA